AUGAUGGAAAAUAUUUACUCAUCUAUAAGUUCAUUUUCUAUAUGUCAAGAUACUAUAGAUGUUUAUAAAAAUAACUGGGACAAAAAAGAUGAAAGUAGAUGUGAAAAUGCAAUUAAUGAAUAUUUCACAGAUCAUAAUCAUCUCAGUGAUAAUACAUGUCCCAUAGCUUUGUCUUAUUUAUAUCACAUUAAUCGUUAUCAACACAAUUUACCUAAAGAAGCCGCUUGUUAUUAUCUCUAUUAUUGGAUACAUGAAAAACUUAAGUCUUAUGUUAAACCUUCCGAAAUAAAAAAUGUUUACGAUGAUAUUAUAAAACUGUAUAAUAGGCACGAUACUAUUGGAAAUAUUUGCACAACAUAUAAGAAUAGUACUGGUUUUGAAGAUAAAAUGGACGACGUAAAAUAUAUGUAUGAAAUAUCUAUGUGCCUUGAUAUUACAGAAUCUAAAGAUAAAAUAAAAAUAGAAACUGAAUUUUGUAAAACGUUAUUAGAUAAAAUAAGCCAAUAUAACCAGAAAAAUAGAAAUGUAGAGAUUGAAUCUAUAGCACAAGAUAUAACACAACCCUGUAAAAAUAAUAUUGGAUCAGCUAUUG